AUGUCAUCAUCUUCUUCUUCUUUGCACACAAGUAUGGAUCUCAGGGAGUCAAUCACCAACCAGACGGACAUUUCUUUCAUGCUCGCUAAGCACGUUUUCUCCAAAGAGAUUAAUGGUGAUACCAACCUGGUGCUCUCUCCUCUCUCAAUUCAAAUAGUUCUUGGCCUCAUUGCUGCUGGCACUAAAGGAGCAACUCAGGAUCAGCUGCUCUGUUUCCUCAAAUCCAAGUCUAUUGAUGAACUCAACUCUCUUUAUUCACAUAUUGUCAAUGUUGUCUUCGUUGAUGGCAGCCCGAAUGGAGGUCCGCGUUUGUCCGUUGCUAAUGGUAUUUGGAUCGACCAAUCACUGCCUUUAAAGCCUUCUUUCAAGCAGGCUGUGGACAAUGUUUACAAGGCUGCUUCAGAGUCGGUUGAUUUUCAGAACAAGGCUGCUGAGGUUGCCGAUCAAGUCAAUCAGUGGACUAAAAUGAAGACACGUGAUCUCAUCAAAGAGAUUCUUCCUCGUGAUGCGGUGAACAACAUGACAAGGCUGAUCUCGGCCAACGCACUAUAUUUUAAAGGAGAAUGGAAUGAGAAGUUUGAUGCUUCAGAAACUAAAGACCAAGAAUUCCACCUCCUCAAUGGAGGGUCUGUUCAAGCUCCAUUUAUGACUAGCAAGAAGAAGCAGUGCGUAGAAGCGUUUAAUGGCUUUAAAGUAUUGAGGCUUCCUUAUAAACAGGGCACGGACAUGCGUCGCUUCUGCAUGUAUUUCAUUCUCCCAGAUGCACAUGAUGGAUUACCAGCUUUAGUGGACAAAAUCAGUUCAGAACCUGGAUUCUUAAAUCACCACGUUCCGUUUAGAAAAGUUAGCGUUCGCAAGUUUCUUAUCCCUAAAUUUAAAAUAACUUUUGGAUUUGAAGCUUCCAACAUUCUAAAGGGACUUGGCCUAAUGCUGCCUUUCUGCGGUGGUGGUCUCACUGAGAUGGUUGAUUCCUCUUCAUCUGAAAACCUAUCUGUUUCACAAGUUUUUCACAAGUCUUUCAUUGAGGUAAAUGAGGAAGGAACCGAAGCUGCAGCUGUUACAGCUGCAGUAAUAAUGACCAUGUCAUUGAUUAUUGAGAAGGAAAUGGACUUUGUUGCUGACCAUCCGUUCCUGUUCCUUAUAAGAGAUGAAUCUACUGGUGUGGUAUUGUUCCUUGGGAGCGUGAUGAAUCCUCUAGCUGAUGAGGUUACUGCUGAAGUCAAUAAGUGGGCUGAAGAUAAAACGAAUGGUCUCAUCAAACAGAUUCUUCCUCCUGGUGUAGUCAAUAGCGGAACAAGGUUGAUCUUGGCGAAUGCACUAUAUUUCAAAGGAGCAUGGACUGAGAAGUUGAAUGCUUCAGAUACAAAAGAACAUGAGUUCUAUCUCCUCAAUGGAGGAUCUGUUCAAGCACCCUUAAUGACCAGCAAAAAAUGGCAAUACGUGAAGGCCUUUGAUGGUUUCAAAGUGUUAAGGCUUCCUUAUAAACAGGGCGAGGAGAAGCGAUCUCUCAGCAUGUAUAUGUUUCUCCCAAAUGCCCGUGACGGAUUACCAGCUUUACUAGAGAAAAUUACUUCGGAACCUGGAUUCUUAGAUCAACACAUUCCCUUUCAUAAAGUUGAGGUGCACAAGUUUCUUAUCCCUAAGUUCAAAAUAUCUUUCGGGAUUGAAGCUUCUGGGGUUCUAAAAGGACUCGGCCUCACAUUACCUUUUAAAGGCGGUCUCACUGAGAUGGUGGACGAAAAUUACCCUCUGCCAGUUGCAGAAGUUUUUCACAAGUCGUUUAUCGAAGUGAAUGAGGAGGGUACGGAAGCUGCAGCUGUUACUGCUUUUCCUCUAAAUGGCAGGCCUAUAGACUUUAUCGCCGAUCAUCCCUUCUUGUUCCUUGUGAAAGAUGAUGUUACUGGUGUUGUUUUGUUCAUGGGGACUCUGUUAAAUCCUCUUGCUGUUUAGCACAAUGUGGAGCUA